GCACGCCAUAGAAAAAUCCCUUUUACGCAUGAUCAGUACACUAAACCGCUGGACAUUAUACUGGCUCAAAGGAAAAGAAGGAAAAAAACUCCAGAAUUUUGUCACUAUUUUCUACAAUUUCGCGCCAGUAUUUAAUAUUUUUAGAGGCAAUUUGGGUUAUCUGGGAUCUCUAUAAUAUGCUUGAGCUACCGCCUGCGUUUGAGGAUGAGACUACUACAACUUUUGCAAGAAUUUCAGCUCCAGUGCUGAAACCGAUUGAACCAGUUGGUAGAUGGUAUGAAGCAUACAUCAAUCAUCGGCAUCAUAGUUCAUUAUCACAUCAUUCCAUUGGCUCGGUGGAUGAUGAGGCAAGCAGCUCUGAUGAAAGCAUCACUUCAGAUGAUGAAGAUGACACUUUUUUGUUAAUGCUGGAUCCUAAGGACUGGAAGGAUCAAGAUCACUACCGCGUACUUGGAUUAACAAAACUGAGGUACAAGGCAACAGAAGACCAAGUUAAAAAAGCUUUUAAAAAGAAAGUCCUGAAGCAUCAUCCAGACAAGAAAAAAAGCAGAGGAGAGAAAGCAAGCAGCCUACCAUCCAAUAACCAAGAUUAUUUCUCGUGUAUAACAAUCGCUAACGAAGUGUUGAGUAGUGCCAAUAGAAGACGAGCCUACGACAGUGUGGACCCGACGUUUGAUGACGUUGUGCCUACAAUAAGCUCCAACAACAAAGCUAAUUUCUUUGAUGUGUUUUGCCCUGUUAUUGAGAGUAAUGCCAGAUGGUCCAACAUCGAGCCUGUACCUUUACUUGGUCAUGAAAAUUCUACAUUUGAAGAAGUGGACAAAUUUUAUACUUUCUGGUAUAAUUUUGAUUCUUGGAGAGAGUUUUCGUACCUUGACGAAGAAGAAAAAGAGAAAGGCGAAAAUCGAGAUGAAAGGCGAUGGAUAGAAAAACAAAAUAAAGCAAUGAGACAAAAACGAAAGAAAGAAGAAGUAACAAGAAUAAGAACAUUGAUAGAUAACGCAUAUGCAUGUGACCCUCGAAUAAAACGUUUCAAAGAGGAAGAGAAAGAGAGAAAACUCGCCGAGAAAAGAGCGAAAGAGGAAGCGGCGAAAGCUGCUGCAGAAGAAAAGAUCAAGAAAAAGCAAGAAGCAGAAGAAGCAGAACGGUUGGCAAAGGAAAAAGAAGAACAAGAGGCCAAGCUCAAAGCAGCAACUGCUAAAAAAGAGAAAGAGAAACUGAAAGCAGCCAUGAAAAAAGAGAGAAAAGCGAUAAGAACUGUUUGCAAGAAUCACAACUAUUUUUGUGAAGAGGAACCCAAGAGACUAGAAGAGAUGCAGCAACUCGAUUUGCUUCUAGAAUCACUCUCUUUAGAAAAUUUACAGACAUUCCGGGAAGAUAUGGAGAAGGGAGAGACCAAGGAACAAGUGUAUGGAGUAUACCAACAACAGAUAGAGGCGUUAAAAGAACGAAGAAGAAAGGAAGAAGAAAACCAGAAGGCUACUCUUGCGCGAAGUAAGAAAGAAAGCGAAGAACGUGAAGAACAAGACCAGUGGACAAUCGAACAAACACAGUUACUCGUUAAAGCUGUCAAUCUUUUCCCUGCGGGAACAGUUUCAAGAUGGCGCGUGAUAGCCGAUUACAUCAAUGAUCAUUCAAAGGCUGGCAAACCUCGCGAACCAAAACAUGUCAUCAAGAAAGUCAAAACUCUACAGAAGUCCGAUGCCUCUUUGAAGGAUGAAUGCAACAAGAACGCGUUCUCCAAGUUUGAUUCAUCGCUUUCUCAGACCAAGACGGUCCCUAGUGAAUCAGUACCUACUGUAAGAUACGAUGAAAAAGCUCCUGUUGAAAAACCCUGGUCGUCAAAUGAACAGAAGCUUCUAGAAGAGGCUCUUCGCAAGUUCCCAGCCAAUACUCCUGAACGAUGGGACAGAAUCGCUGAGUCCAUCCCUGGCAGAACUAAAAAAGAAUGCAUGAAAAGAUACAAGGAACUUGUCGAGAUGAUAAAAGCAAAGAAGGCCGCUGCUCAAGCUAAACCAAAAUAAACAUUUACGUACGUAAACCAGUGCUACAACUGUCAUUACGCCAAAUACAGCAUUGCGAAUUGCAGCCCAUCAAACACUCAAGAGACUAAGGACCGCAGCAGCUCAUCCAAUCAGAAGGGUAGGAUAAAAUGUAACGUACACAGUGGUCAUAAAACCAUCUAACUUAAUCUCUGAUCUUACCGAGAAGUGUGUAGACGGCGGUGAUGACUAAAAUAACAGCAGCAGAGACAUAUAUAUUCCAUCCUACAGCUUCGUAAAGAAACAAACUUCCAGCGUAGAUGUCGACCUGGGUAAUAAAAAUGUAUAUAUAAUACUCUUUGUUCAGGAUUCAUCAAAUAAAAGUUUGCUAUGAAAUU